ACUGUAAGUUUAUGUUUGGAUCCUUUUCAAUUAGUGAGUUGUCGUUUUUCCCCGACUACUUAAAUUUCUCUGAAAAAACCCUAUUUCGAUUUGGUUUUUACGAAUUGCAUUAAUAAAAAUUCAAGAAAAUUAAUAAUGAGUAGACAAAUAGAUCAAGAUGGUUCAUAUAAUCCGCAAAAUGCAAAUCAUACGUCAAAAACUCGAAUGGACAAUGGGGCAUUAGUAAUUAAAGUAAGAUUAGGGGAUGACGUGAGACGUAUCCCGAUUUAUAACGAAGAUAUAACAUACGAUGAAUUAGUACUUAUGAUGGAGCGAGUUUUUCGAGGCCAUUUAAAGAGUAAUGACACAAUAGUAUUGAAAUAUACAGAUGAAGAUGGCGACUUGAUAACUCUUGCUGAUAGUGCAGAUCUAUCAUUUGCUAUUCAAUCUAGUCGGGUGUUAAAAUUAACUCUCUUUGUCAACGGCAAACCAAAGAGAUUGGAAAGUAACGAAGUUAAACACAUUAGAAGUGAAUUAAAGAGGAUUCGGGACAAGGUGAACAGCUUAUUAGAUGAAUUUGAACCAGCCAACCCUGAUGACGAAUCGAAAUCGACCGCCAAGGCCGAGACUUCGACAAUCGCUACCAACGCAGAAAAUUCUAAGGCUUCUAUUCCUGCACCUUCGGAACCUAAAAAUCAAGGUCAAUACCCGAUAAAUAACGCUGCAAGUACUGAAUUCGAUCCACUGAAUAAAACAGAAGAACAGAAACAAAAAGAAAAACUUAGUUCCUCGUUCGGUUACGGUGAUACUGUUACCCAAGCCCAAGGUCCAGCCAGAACAGGUACACCGGAUAGCGUCUCCAGCCAAAAUUCCCUUCAGCGAUCAACUCAUUCGACACCCCAGCAUGUCCCACAGCCAAUAGGAGCUUACCAACCUCCGGCAUCUCAACAACAGCAGCACCAACCAUAUGCUUCAGCUACCCAGCCUCAACAAGUGUACCAGCAAAAUAUGCAAUAUUAUCAUCAUCAACAGCAGCAGCAGCAACAACAACAACAACAGCAACAACCACAUCAACAGCAAUUACCACAACAACAGCAGCCACAACAUGCUCAACAACAGGCUAUCCCCCAGCAGAUUCAGCAAGUACACUCUUCAGCACAGCCUUCUCCAUCAACAAACCAAAGUAACUAUUCUCAACCAUCGGCUCCACAACAUCCUUACCCUUCUCCAAAUCCCCAAAUGGCGCAAUCAAAUCCAGGACAACAAAUUACGCCUUUUCCACCACAGGGGGCACCAAGUCAAGGACCAGGUGGAACAAAUCCAUAUGCUAAAACUUCUACAUUCGUCGGAAGUGGUUAUCCAAGAGUACAAGGACAGUUUCCCAACCCUCGAGGGCCAGGAUAUAACUAAUAGAAUAUUUUAUGGAUAGCCUAAUUUUUUCACAAAUGCAUCUACUAUUUAGCCUUUUUUUCUGCGUAACCGAAGAAAAAACAUCACAUUUGAAUUUCAUAGAAAAAGAAAAAUAUGCUAAUAUAACAGUAGCAUCAUUUAAAAAUGCUUAAUUAAUCUUUAAUAUUAUUAUUAUAUAUACAUUGUUAAAAAAUAUAAAGUAUAUAUAUAUAUAUAUAUUUAUAGUAUACUGCAAACUAAUUGAAAAAAAAGAUUGCAGUUAAAGUGAGGAAAGGAUUUUUUUUAAAUACAUUAAUUAUUUAAAAACAACUAACCGCUGAAGAUUAAGAAAUAAUAAUAACAAUAUAUCUAUUUUAUUUGUAUUAUCUAAUAAAGCAAAAUAUCAUAUUUAUAUUGCUUUACUCUUGUAAUAUAACAAAAUGUGAAAUUAUUCUUUAUUUUUUAAAAAAAAGUAAUGGAAAGAAAUAAAAGACGAAUUUAGAUGAUAAAAUGUCUCAUUUUUCUUGGUUUAAGACUAUUUUUAGUAUAAGGAAGAUUAAAAACUUUUAAUAUUUAUUUUGUUUAGGAGUACUAAACACGUAUAUGCAUAAUGCAUCUUGUAAACACAUAUACACAUGCAUAUCUAUGUAGACUCAUUGUAAUAAUACGUCAAUAUGUUAUUUUGUAAAAAAAAAUUCCAUGGUAACCAUCAAUUUUACGAUUGAUAUACUUUCGAUUUUUAAUAUAAGCUCAUUCCAAUUUUCCAAUGAAAAUCGAUGCUAAAUUUGCAUAUUGUAUCAUCUUUAGAGGCUACUGUUUAAACUUUUAUUUCUACUGUUUUUUACAGAUAUUAUUAAAACGGUUAAUU